AUGUCGAAUCUUCUUGCGCUUGAUCAGCCAGAUCGAGCUCCAAUAGAACAGAUUAACAAAUCAAAAGAAAUAAUAAAUAAAUUGUUUGCAAAUUCGGCACAAAAUCUCUCGAAUAUGGUAAAUAAACAAACACAAAUUGAGCAAGAAAGAGCUCAAAUAGUAAAAGCAUCAAAAAAGAAGUUCGGUUUAGAUUAUGCAGAACUCCAAAAGAAAACUCAUUCGGAAAUGGAAGAAGCAGGCGAAGUUUGGGAAUCGUUAUUAAAUAUUUCAAUGCCUCUUGAAUUGAAGCAACAAUUAGAAGAACAAAAAGCGCGUUGUGAUGCAAUUGUACAAGAGAAACUCGAAUUCAUACAUAAAAUGGAAGAAGACGUUUUAAUGAGAGAUCAUGAAUACGUGAACAAAGUUGCUGCACAAAAAGCUUUAAUUGACGAAUUUGUACACACAAUGAGAAAUCAGGAAAAUAACAUCAAAAAGACAAUAAACUCAGAAAUUAAAAAGAUUCUUGGAGCUUACAAUCAAGAAGUCACGUCUAGAUCAUAUCAACUCGAUAGAGAAAUCAAGAAUCUCUCAGCCAAACGCCAAGAACGCGAAACUACUCUAAUGAAUGACAUUUUAGAAUUAAAUAUUAGUCAUCGUGACCAAUUGGAAACAAUACGUCAGCAAAACAACGAAAAAUACAUGCAAAUACGUACUGCUCUCGAAAAGAAAUUACAAAUUGCUCAAGAAGAACAAGAAGAUAGAAAAGCACAAUAUAUUUAUUCAUUGACACAACUUGAUUACGACUAUAAGAUUCUUCAAGAAACAAGAGACGAACAUCAAAACAAACUCAAGCUGCAGAACGACAAAAAGAGUAGACAAAGAGAUGUUUUAAUUAAAUUACAAGAGAGAUAUGAAUCAGAAAAGCGAAAGUUGAUUGAUGUCAACAUGCAAAUCACAAAAGAAUAUACUAGAAUCGCAUCAUCAUACCGUGAACUUCAAUCAAGGUUUAGAAAUGUAGCUUAUACAGAUUUCAACAACUUUAGAGAAGUUUGGAAUCUCAACGAAAAGAGAUUACAUGAUAUUGUUCUAAAGAUUAUUUCUGCAGACAACAUUGUUAUGGAACAACAGCUUGGAAAAGAUCCUAAUCCAGUUGAUCCAGAGUAUUUGCGCAGAUGGAUCAUAGAAAGCGAUGAAUACGAAGAUCUCACAAAAACACCUCAGCUUCCAACACAAAAAGACAAUGGAGAAUCAAACAAAUUAACAAACACAAUUUUCACAAAACCAGAACUUAGUGAAAAUCUUGAGCACUUGAGAAGAAUGAUUUGCGAUGAAGUUGGCUUCAUUGUUGAUGAACUUGUUAGAAAUAUCAUUGGAUUAGAUCCAAAUGUCUCUUUAGAUGAAGAUUCUCAAUGCAUAAAAAUGGAUGCUUUGUUUAAAGAACUUGGUGUUUCAACGGAUGAAGAUAUCGAAACAUUGAUGUCGUAUUUCAUCAAAGAACCAGAGUUUAAUCAAUUGGAACAUCCUGAUACAGUUUCUCCUCAUGAAGUUAUCUCAGCUUUGAGAGCAUUUGUCGAUGCAUAUCAUCCAAAUAAACAGCAAGCACAAAUGAACAUUUUCAAGCAAAUUGUCAAUGAUGCAACACAGAACACAUCAAGUGAAGUUGCACGCGGAAUCAUGCAGCUGCAAGUCAAGAUGAAGAAGCAGCUUCCAGCACAAAGAAGGUUCUGGGAAAAGAAGGCAGAGAUAGUCAGCGAAGAUAUGUGGAGACUUUGGAAUAUGACUUUCAAAGGAAUGCAGAGAUACUACGAAGUUCUUGAAAACAGAGCGAAAUUGAUUCAAGAAACAUCAGAUUUAAGAAGACAGAAUGAGGAAUUGAGCGUUAUCUUGCAGAACUAUAUCGAUACUAAGGAUGAUACUAAUCUGAUUUAUCCUCCUUGCGAUACUGUUGGAUUUUUCGAUUAA